AUGAAGGCCAUCAUUGCCUUCGCCGGUGGUGACAGAGAGGAACCUGGUCUGCUUCGCUACCCAAGAGCGUCAUCGGAAAGACCUGGAGGAGAUAUUGUCCGGCCUCUCCUUGACGAUUUUUGGGUGGCUGGCCCCGAUGGAAGGCAUAGAUGUCUGGUCGCGCCGCCGGCACGAAUGAGCUUGUUCGAUGCGAAGGAGUCUUCAGAGAUUGGUCUUUUCCAGCCCAAGGUAGCGCAGUUGAUAAUUGCUCAAUUCAUCUGUGGGGUUGCAUUUCUUCAUAGUAAGAAUAUUGUCCACGGCGUUGAGUUUCCGAAAGCGAUAGAUACACUUCCCGACACAGAACAUAUGCACAAUGAGAUUAUACGCAACACCUGGGAUGUCAGAUUCAACUAUAGCAUACAAGAGCCACGAGCUGAGGCUGGCUUCGAGACCAUGACAGUACAAGGAAAGAGUGCAUUUGAGGAAAUUAUGUGGCCAGUGCUAAAAUCUGAACCAGAGGAGAGAGCCACAGCGGAGCCGUUGAUGCAGUCAGAAUGGAUGAAGGGCUGGGGAUUGCCGGCUUUGGAGCAGAGCUUGAAGAUUACAAGACCAGAGGUGGAAGACAAAGAAGGAGGAUCUUAG